AUGGGAGAAUCAAGACAAGAGCUUGUGGCAUGGCUUAACAACCUGCUACAACUUAACAUCACAAAAGUUGAACAAUGUGGCACUGGUGCUGCCUUGUGCCAAGUCUUCGAUAGUAUUUUCCUCGAUGUACCGAUGUCAAAAGUCAAGUUCAAUGUCAAUACUGAAUAUGCAUAUCUACAAAAUUUCAAAGUUCUUCAAAACACCUUUACCCGCCAUCAAGUCGAUCGAAACAUCCAUGUCGAACAACUUAUUAAAUGCAAGAUGCAAGACAACCUCGAAUUUCUACAAUGGACCAAGAGAUACUGGGAUCAAUACUUUCCAGGAGGAGAAUAUGAUGCAGUAGCUCGUCGACGUGCUGCAGGGGGACCCGGUGCCGCACCAUCUGCUGCUCCAAAAGUGUCCGCCGGAAGUGGUGCAGCUCGCAGAGGAGUAACACCAACAACGAGCGGCGCAAGAGUUGCUAAGGCUGGAGCCGUUGGCGGUGGUGCAGCUUCAGCGGCACUAAAAGCAGAGAACGACACUCUGAAGGAAACAGUUGCAGGACUAGAACGGGAACGAGACUUCUAUUUCAGUAAACUCAGAGAUAUCGAAUUACUGGUUCAACAAGCUUGCGAAGAGGACCCAGAGAUUGAGAAGCAGGAAGACGGCUUAAUCAAGCACAUUCAAACUAUCUUGUACUCGACUGAAGAUGGAUUUGAAAUACCGGCGGAGGCGGAGGUUGAUGACCAAGAAGAGACAUUCUAG